AUGUGCUACGACCGCUACGUGUCCAUCUGCAAACCCCUGCACUACGGGACCCUCCUGGGCAGCAGAGCUUGUGCCCACAUGGCAGCAGCUGCCUGGGCCAGUGCCUUUCUCUAUUCACUGCUGCACACAGCCAAUACAUUUUCCCUGCCCCUGUGCCAUGGAAAUGCCCUGGGGCAGUUCUUCUGUGAAAUCCCACAGAUCCUCAAGCUCUCCUGCUCCAAAUCCUAUCUCAGGGAACUUGGGCUCAUUGCUGUAAGUGCCUGUUUGGUAUUUGGCUGCUUUGUGUUCAUUGUUUUCUCCUAUGUGGAGAUCUUCAGGGUUGUGCUGAGGAUCCCCUCUGAGCAGGGACGGUACAAAGCCUUUUCCACCUGCCUUCCUCACCUGGCUGUGGUCUCUCUGUUCCUCAGCACUUCAGUGUUUGCUCACCUGAAACCCCUCUCCAUCUCCUCCCCAUCCCUGGAUCUGGCCCUGUCAGUUCUGUACUCGGUGGUGCCUCCAGCCCUGAACCCCCUCAUCUACAGCCUGAGGAAUCAGGAGCUCAAGGCUGCAGUGUGGACACUGAGGACUGGAUGGUUACAGAAACAUUAA